AUUUAAAUCCAAGAUAUGAGAAAUAAGCCAUAAGCUCAAGUACCAGUAACUUAAAAGUAAUAACCUUAAAAAUAAGGAAAUGUGAGAAAGCCAUAAGAAAGGUAAUUAAUGAUGUUAGAAAUGUGAAGACCAGGAUUAACAGAUGAUGAGAUUGAUGAAAUAAGGGAAGCUUUUAAUUUAUUUGAUACAGAAGGGACAGGAAGAGUAGAUCCUAGAGAAUUAAAAGCAGCUAUGUAAAGUUUAGGAUUUGAUUAAAAAAACCCAACAAUAUUCAAUAUGAUUGCUGAGCUAGAAAGCGAAGGGUAUUUAAUGAAAGUAAGAAAUAGUACUGAUAUUGAUUUUGAUUAAUUUUUGGAUGCCAUUACAUCAAAAUUGGGAAAUAGAGAAAAUAGAGAUGGUAUAAAUAAAAUAUUUGAUUUAUUUGAUGAUGAUGGUAGCAAUUCCAUUAAUUUGAAUAACUUGAAAAGAGUAAUGUUAAUAAAUUGAAGUUGUUAUAGGUGGCUAAAGAAUUAGGUGAAACAAUGACACCAGAAGAGUUAGCAGAAAUGUUAGAGAGAGCAGCAUCAAAUGGAAGAGAAAUUACAAGAGAAGAUUUCUAUAAUAUAAUGGUUAAGAGAACAUUUUGAUAACCAUCAGAUAUAUAUAUAUUAAAUUAAUAAUU